AUGGAUGAGGAUUUUGAUUGGCCUUGGCAAUACAAUUUCCCUCCUUUUUUUACUAUCCAAGUUAACAGAGAAACUCUAAAUCUGCAAAUACAAGCAUGGAAACAAUUAGUAUUAGACUAUUUAAAGGCUAAAAAACAAAGUAUUUUAGAUGUUAGAGAAGCUCAACAAACUCCUCUAUUUCGUAACACAAGUAUUAAUAGGCAAUUAUCAGUUGAUGGAAUUGUACAAGUCAUGGAAGACUUGUCCAAAACUGGUCAUGCUGAAUCCGUUGACAAAUCUAAAAACCGUUGGUACAUAUAUUGGGAACCAGUAGAAGAAUUAAGUGCAGCAGUGUAUAGAUGGGCGUCAAACAAUGGUUUUAUUGGAAGUGUAUGUACACUAUAUGAACUAAUUGAAGGUGAGAAUACAAUUGAUGAAGUUUUUUAUAAUUUAGAAGAAGAUGUUUUAUUAAAAGUUUUAAAAAGGCUCGAACAUGAAAAUAAAGCUGAAAUAAUGAUAUUAGAUGACAGUAAGGGUGUAAAAUUUUUUUAG